AACCGUGAGUUUUUCAAAGCUGAACGCAAUCAAGAUGCCGUGGUUCAUUUGUAGAUAUUCUCCUUGUUUUUUCUCAACUUAGGCCCUCUCUCUUGUAGACUUCUACUGACGUUCGCAGUUCUAGAGUCUCGCCAUCCUCGCAACAGCGUCACGAUCAAGUGAUUGAUGAGAGAUUGUGUGAGACUCUCUAAGCACACUCUGCUUCAUCUGGAACUAUCAACUGCGCGGAGUUUAGUUCUUAGGUCAGGAGCUUGAAAGCUGUGUCACUCGAACUGCUGUUAUCUGAGACGAGGCAAUCGUGGGAUUUUUGUUCUGAACAGAAAAAUCACCAUGUCUCUGGAGGUGGUCAAUGUGGACGAGUAUGAAUUGUUGGCCAAGGCCAAGAUGUCGAAGAUGGCAUUUGAUUACUUUGCUCGCGGGAGCGAGGACCAAGUUUCCUUGAGAGAAAAUCGGGAGGCAUUCUCUCGAAUAAGGCUGAGGCCUCGGAUUCUAGUGGAUGUGAGCAACAUAGAUGUGGCAACGUCAGUAAUGGGAUUCAAGAUCUCCAUGCCUAUAAUGGUAGCCCCAACCGCGCAUCACAAAUUGGCACAUCCUGAAGGAGAGCUUGCAACCGCAAGAGCUGCUUCAGCAGCUGAUACUCUUAUGAUUCUAUCUUCUAGUGCUAAUUGCAGCAUGGAAGAAGUAGCUGCGACAGGCCCAGGAGUCCGAUUUUUCCAACUUUAUGUGUAUAAGGAUAGGAACAUCACCAUAACUUUGGUGCGGAGGGCAGAGCAGUUUGGCUUCAAAGCCAUAGUUCUCACCGUUGAUACUCCACGGCUGGGCCGCAGGGAAGCAGACAUAAAAAAUAGGUUCAAAUUGCCUUCCCACUUGGUAUAUAAGAAUUUGGAAGGCCUCAUGAAUCUAGAGCAGAUGGACAAGUCAAGUCAUUCCGAGCUGGCUUCUUGGGCAGACAGUCAUUUUGACAGGUCUCUCAACUGGAAGGACGUGGAGUGGUUGCAAAGCAUUACGCAUCUGCCUGUGCUUGUGAAGGGUAUUCUGACUGCUGAAGAUGCGAGUUUGGCACUACAAGCUGGAGUUAAAGGUAUUAUAGUAUCCAACCAUGGGGCUCGACAACUUGACCAUGUACCGGCCACAAUAUCUGUUCUUGAAGAGGUUGUGUACGCAGUCAGAGGGCGGGUCCCAGUGUUCUUGGAUGGAGGCAUCCGUCGUGGCUCAGACGUUUUCAAAGCUCUAGCACUCGGUGCAUCCGGUGUUUUUGUUGGAAGGCCCGUUCCAUAUGCGCUAGCUGUGGAUGGCGAGGCUGGCGCGACGAAGGUGCUACAGAUGCUGCGGGAUGAGUUUGAGCUCACAAUGGCACUCAUUGGCGUUCGCUCGGUGAAGGAGAUACGUCGCCAGCAUGUCCUCACGGAGCAGGAUUCCAUGAAGCUGGCCCUCAUUUCAAAGCUUUGAGUUAGUUUCUUCACCAGAUCAUGAAGGUGACGAUGACUUAGUGAUGCAUUACUAUGUGACGAUGACUUCAUUGUAAUUCUCUGAUUGCCAUUAUACUAAAAAAUUAUGGCCAUUGCAAUAAAGAAUGUCAGAUUGGAGAAGUUAUUGGUAAA